AGGAGCGGGGUCUCCGGCAGCAAGGGAGCGUCGCCAGCCCGGACCCCCGGCAGGAGGAGGCUCAAUCUCCCGCUAAUCCCGGAAGCAAGCCCUGCAGCGGGAGAAUUGACCUUGUCGAAAUCUUAACACAGAAGGAAAGGCAAAUAUCUUCAAAAUGCCGUCAAAGCACUGGAGAAAACGUCUGCAGAAGGACCACAUGGAGCUCACUGAAAAAGAGAAACUAAUAAUGGAAGAGGCAGAGCUAAGGAAACUGGAGCAACAGUUCCGUAAAAUGCUGGAAAGUCGCAAAUCUCUAACUCUCAAAACUCAGAAGCAGAUAUUCAAGCAAUGCAAAGAAAUAGAAGCUCUGAAAGAGGAGCACGAUGAGAUUUCACUGCUUUUGAAUCUUGUGAGAUCACCAAAAAACUUGCAGAUGGAUGACAGAAACUGCACGGAACUCCAAUUUUUGCUACAAACCAAGGAGGAGUAUGAUUCUUUGAUUAAAACUAUGAGAAGUCUACUAUCACAACUGGAUGAGAAGAUACUUGAAAUAGAGAACACAAUUCUCAAACAAAGGCAGAUCUUAGUGAAAAUACAGGAGGCAAACUGUCCCCAGAGACUACAAAAGCAGAUUCAUAUUUUGGAGACUCGUCUUCAGCAAGUCACUGUGCAGUUUGAUACGUUACUGACCUCUAAUGCCGAACUCCGGCAGGAUAUUGAUAACUUGAAAUUUGAGAGAGAAGCUUUUGACAAUGUCUACCAGCACCUUCGCAAACAGGUUGGGCACCAGAAGAAGAUCAUGAAUGUGGCCAUUGAGCAGUCCACCCAAGCCUAUGACCAGCGGGUGGAAGCGAUGGCCAGAAUUGCCGCCAUGAAGGACAGACGGCAGAAGGACAUUAUCCAGUACAACUUGGAGAUCCGGGAACUGCAGCGCAUCUUUGAUCGUGAAGUAAAGCUCAAGAACUUCAUGACGAUCAAGCUUAUGGAUCGCUUUGAAUACGAGGAACAGUCCAAAAGGGAAGGAGCUCUGAAGGCGAGCAAGCGGGUCAAGAGCAAAAUCGAGAGUUUUGAGAGUUACGAGGUGGCACAUAUGCGCCUGCUCAAACUGGCUGGGGACAGGACCCUUGAUGAGUUGGUGCAGGAUUUCUUGGCAAAGGAAGAGAAGAACUUCGCCCGGUUCAGCUAUGUCACGGAACUGAACAAUGACAUGGAGAUGCUUCAAAAGAAGAUCCAAAGCAUUCAGGAUGAAAUUGUUUACUUAAGAUCCCAGCAGAAAACCUCUGAUGAUGAAAAUCAUAGCACUCUGAAGCACAUGGAGGAGAAACUGGACAAGACCACGGAGGAAGCCAACCUUUUGGAGAUUACCAACAAAGAGAUUUGCAAAGUCCUUGACCAGCUCAAGGUUGGGGUGGAGUUCCUCUUCAAAAAGAUAGACUGUGAUGCCACUGAGAUCAUGGAGCACCUGGGAGAGACAGGACAAGUCAAAGAUAACAAUCUGGCACAAUUCUUUGCAAUCAUUGAAAAGAAAACCAAUGAGCUACUUUUGAUGGAAUCCUAUCUGCGCUUGAAGGAAAUGGACAAAGAUCAGGAUUCGAUGAUCCCCUUCGUCAAUCCCUUUUUGAGUGGCUCUGCAUUCCUGAAGCCUGUAGAUGCUAUUAAAGUCAUCCCUCCACCUCUCAGCGGAGAUGUUUACACUGAAAAGCUGGAUGAUUCUGACAAACCUUUGGACCAUGAUUCUCUUCGGGAUAUGGUGACUGAAAAUUUAAAUGACAAGAGUUAUAAGGAUAAUUUCUUUGAGAAGGCAGAUGAACUCAGACAAGGAAAAGAUAAGAAGAAAUUCUCAUGCAUUGGAUAGGCUGUCCUGGAUCAAGUAUGCGCCAU